AUGUCCUAUGAUCAAAAUAGGCAAAAGAAGCGCAAGACCUCUAGCGACGGCAAUUCUAUCGACACCACCAAGCCUACCGCAAUGUUCAAGCCUGAAGGUGGCCGUACAUGGACGGUGUCUGUAGCCAUCCCCGGCAGUAUCUUGUCUACCUGCCGUCGAGAUGAUCAGCGCACCGCCGUCGUCAACCAGAUCUCUCGCGCACUGGCCGUUUUUGCCGUGGACGAGGUUGUCAUUUUUGACGACACGCCCCUGGACAAGCGGGUCAGGAAUGUCGACCCUUCCAUGUACACGGGUGACAUUGAUCCCUGUGGCUACAUUGAGCACUUGCUCAACUAUGUCGAGGUGCCGCCCUUUAUGCGCAAGGCACUGAUUCCAGUCCACCCCAAUCUCAAGCAGGCCGGUCUUCUCGAGAGCUUGGAAAUGCCACAUCACCCCAACCCUUCAGAAUAUCUGCCCUACGGCGAGGGUAUAACGACAUCAGAGGGCCCAAGUGGUGGCAAGGGCACCGUCGUUGAUGUUGGUGGGAACCUGAGAGUCACUAUUGAUGACGAUAUUCCGGCAAACCACCGCGUCACUCUCAAAUUUGAUCCCAAGGAUCCGGCCCGCGCAGAUGCCGUCCAUCCUGCAACACCGAGGACUGAGGCAGGUCUGUACUGGGGCUAUGCCAUCCGGCGUUGCAAAUCUUUGGCGUCAAUCUUCGAAGAGUGCCCCUACGAAGAUGGUUACGAUCUCAGCGUUGGAACAUCAGAACGUGGAUCACCGAUAUCAGAAGCAUUUGGUCCAAGGAGAAGGGAGACGGUCAAGUUCAACCAUCUCCUCUUGGUCUUUGGUGGACCCCGUGGGCUGGAAUACGCCGCCGAGAACGACCCAGCACUGCAGGAGAUGGGCAUCAUUAGAGGAAGGACAAAAGAGCUGUUCGAUCACUGGGUCAAUAUUCUCCCGGGACAGGGCAGUAAAACGAUUCGGACCACUGAGUCUCUUUUUAUUGGUUUAACUGCAUUGCGCCCCCUUUGGGAUUCACGAUGGUGA